AUGGGAAGGAAACAUUAUAUAAUCGUUCAACGAGUCAAAAAUAUUAUUGUACUGUGUGAUGGUACUUGGAAUGGUCUGAGUACUAAAACCAAUGUUUAUGAUUUGUAUCAGCUAUUAAUGAAACAAGGACAACAACCUUGGUACAGGCAAGGAGUAGGAACAAAGGUAUCAAAUAUAUUCUUUUUUCUAAAUGGAGCUUUAGCUCUAGAACUUGAUGAUAUCAUCAUGGAAGCUUACAAAAAGAUAGUCGAAGAGUAUAAUGAAGAAAUUAAUGAAUUCGAAAGUAAAGAAAUAUGGCUUUUCGGCUUUAGUCGUGGUGCUUACAUCGUGAGAUGUGUUGCCGGAAUGAUACGAAAUUGUGGGAUAUUGAAAUUUAAUAACGAAGGACUCAUCAAACGUGCCUAUGAGAUUUAUCGUAGUAGAGAUCCGGCUCAUGAUACAGAUGGUUAUGAAUCUAAAGACUUUAGGGAUGCAUUCACUCAUGAUCUUAACAGACCCAUUAGGUUUCUUGGACUUUGGGAUACCGUAGGCGCUCACGGCAUACCCACGUACACUAUUGGAAAAGGAUUUGAAUAUUUGAAAUUCUAUGAUCAAAAUGUAUCUAAUGUAGUUCAUAAUGCAUGUCAAGUUUUAAGUAUCCAUGAAAGGUUAAUUCUUCUUGAACCUUGUCGGAUCUAUAAGAAUAGUGAUGCUUCUUUAGUGAAGAUCGAAGAGACUUGGUUCCCAGGAAAACAUUUGGAGGUAGGAGGAGGAAUACUUUCAAACAAUGAAAAAAUAUCUAGUCAAAGUCUUUUGUGGAUGAUAGGAAAAGUUCAACGCGCCGGUGAUUUAUUAGAAAUAAAGGAGGAAUAUAAUGAUGAUGACAUACAAUUCGAUAAUAAAUUUACAAGGAUGCUACUUUCUUUUUGGAGAUUGAUUUUUUUGAAAUGGUUCAAUUAUAUCAUAGUCUUUCUUUUUACUAAAACCAUCCUGUUUAGGGAUAGAGUAAUUCCAUUAUACACAGAUGAAACAAAUAGAAAUAUAUUAAAACGUGAUCUGAUUUAUAAAAAUGGUCACUGGGGGGAUAGUUUUGGUGAUCUAAAAAGUCAAUAUUCCUCAAGGGCAUAUUUAGAAUUGAACGAAACGAUGAGAGAUGCAGGAAUAGAUUUUCCUCCAGAAUAA